AUGUUCCUUCUUAAUUUGCCAAUUAAUAUAAAAGAACAAGCAGCUAUAGAACGACGUCGAUCUGAAGAAAAAAAACGUUUAUCUCGUAUUUUUAAUGUUAAAUAUCGAACUAUUGGUAUUGAUAAAAUAAGUCUUGAUGAACAAGUCAAAGAACGACAACAUAUGAAAGAUUUAGAAAAACAACGAAAUGAUGCUUUUGAUCGUGAAAUGAUAAAUAAUGAUUUAAAACAAAUACUUCUUGAACAAGAAGAACUUUCUCAAAAACGUCAAUAUGAACAAGAAUUAAAUAAUUAUCGUCGAUUAUAUCAAAAACCUGAACAUGCAAAAGAAUGGGAUUUAAAUGAUCCAAAUAGAUGGAAACAAUUAACACCUACACGAAUCAAUGAUAAUGAUUCUCGCUUAGGUCCAUCAUCUGGUCAAAUAUUUAUUGGAGAAGAUCUUCAAGCAUCAAAACGAAAAAAAAUUCAACAAGAACAAUUAAAACGUUAUUUUAAUUUACAAAAUCGAGAAGAACAUUUAGCUAAUCUUUUAUAUGAUUAUAAUCAAAUAAAAUUAUCUGAACGAAGUAAUAAAUUUGAACAAAUUGAAAAUGAAUGUCAUCGAGCUAUAGAAAUAGCAACACGAAAUUAUAAUGAAAUACUUGCUAAUGAAGCAAAGAUUCGAGCACAUGAACAAAAAACACGACAGACAGAUGAACAAUUAGCUGAGAUAGCUAAUACUGCUUUUAGUGAUAUGUUAACAGAAAAUUCAAAAAAUUUACUCGAUGCUCGCUCUCAUAUUAUUGUUGAUCGAUGGAAAGGAAUGAAUCAAGAACAAUUAGAUGAUAUUCGUCAUCAACAAUUGACACAGAUUGCUGACCGUCAAAAAAUUAAAAAUGCUGAAAAAUGUUUUGAUGAAACUUGGAAACAAUAUUCAAAUGCUUUAGCUAAACAAGCAACAAUUAGUGAACAACAAAUUGAAGAAGAUAAACGUCAAUAUAAUCAUUAUUUAGCAAAUGAAAAUAAAAAUCUUGCUAAAAUACAACGUGAACGUGAAGAUUAUCUUAAUAAAAUUUUAUAUCGAUCAGCACCUACUGCUGCUUUUUAUCAACAAUUCAAUACAACUAGUCGAUAA